GACGUAGAUAUCCCGCGACGUCAAGGCAGAGGCCCAGCUCACAGUUUACAGACAACAAGUCGUCAAAUUUUUCAAGAUCUUGAGUGAAAACAACUGUAAGAGAUCAUGCCUAAAGUGAAAAGGAGCCGAAAGCCUCCCCCAGACGGUUGGGAGCUAAUAGAACCCACAUUGGACGAAUUGGAUCAAAAAAUGAGAGAAGCCGAAACAGAACCUCAUGAAGGAAAACGAAAAGUCGAGUCUCUCUGGCCAAUAUUCAGACUGCACCACCAGCGUAGUCGUUAUAUCUUCGAUCUGUUUUAUAAAAGAAAGGCCAUCAGCAGAGAGCUGUACGAAUAUUGUGUCAAGGAGGGCUAUGCUGACAAGAACCUAAUUGCAAAAUGGAAGAAACAAGGUUAUGAAAACCUGUGCUGUCUGCGCUGCAUUCAGACACGGGACACCAACUUUGGAACAAACUGCAUAUGCCGAGUUCCCAAAAGCAAGCUUGAAGUGGGACGGAUUAUUGAAUGUACACAUUGUGGAUGCAGAGGCUGCUCUGGCUGAAUCUCUGGAUGCCUUCAAUGGGACAUCAGGGCUCAUUUACUUUUGUUAUGUGCAUUUUCAAAGAACCUUGCCCAAAUUCUCCAUUUUUCCAUUCCAGGUAGUAGACCUCAUCUGUGGUGUAUGUGUGAGAAGUUGAGGCAUGUUUGUUUUUUAUUGUUAUAUAUCAUGCAUUUUUGAUGCUUGGAACAUUUGCUCCAAAUUUCCUUUUUUGCCCCCAGUGUCAAUAGGCACUGUCCUUUUAAAUAAAUGGAUUGUUUACCACAUAAUGUGAUUUCUGCUGUUAUGAUUUUGAAAUGCCAUGAAAGGUGGGAGUAAAUCAUGGGCUAGCGCAGUGGUUCUUAACCUGGGGUGCGGACACCCCCUGGGGGUGCACCAGACAUUAUAGGGGGUGCGCAGAAUGUUGUUUGUGUUGAGGUUGUGACCAAAAUUCAGCUUGGAAACAUUAUAAUUAGGCCAAACCUAAACCAAAUUGAAACAUGUUUUGGUCCCCAUUUAAAGACAAUAAGGUUUUCAUUAAUAUCUCAGGCAAAACUCAUUGUAAUACAUUACUAAAAUCCUUUUUUAGUGCUUGUACACGUUAUACAUGUUGGGUUGGGGGUGCACGGCUAGUCAGGUGAGGGGGUGCGCUGACAGAAAAAGGUGAAGAACCACUGGGCUAGCGGUUCCCUUUGCAACUGAUGUUUUUCCUUCCCGCUCAUUGGCCGUACCUAAUACCAUUGUCUUAAGUGUAUUGCUAGCUUAUUGUUUGAUGUUUGUGUAGACAGGAAUCUCACUGCACCAGGAAAAUGAUCAGGCCAAAUGUUUUUGCUGUGGUGCCGAUUUAAAGAUGGGCAAUAAUGUGAAUGGUAUUUUGUGAAAUAGGUUGGCCUGUAAAGAUAAUGUUUCAAUAAUUUAAAAUGUCAAUGAGUCAUUGAAAGAUUAACUAACAUAGGACUACUCUACUAUGACAUAGCACAGACAUGAUGUAAACAUUAGUAAUGCACUGCGACUUGUUCAUUGCCAUUCUGGUAAUAGCAAAUGUAUAAUGCUGUAACAUAUUACACAUUUAUGUCUAUAUUCACAUUCAUUUCACAUUCAUUUCUAUAUGCAGCCUGACGUCUCCUCUGCUGUGUCAAUGAAGGCCUGUUGCCUAACUCGUUAUCAUACAACUGUAAAACAAAGCCUGGGGAGUGUCAGUAAAGUCAUCCCAACUGUC